AUGGCCCGCUGGCAUUUUGUUCCGAUUGUCGGUGGAUUCGCUGAGGGGGUCUCGACGGGCUUGGUCGUGUGGGCUGGACGGCCCACCUGCCCGCAGUGCGAGUGCUCUCCGGUGCUGAACUGCCCACCUCUGACCUGCUCGACAGGCGACGUGGCCUACACCUCGCCGCUGACCCCCUUCACGCUGGCCUUCACGUGUACCUGCGUGGCGGUGGUGGCUUUCGCUGCUGGUCGCUUGACGGGCGUGAGGGUUAGGACCGAGCUGAAUCCCGAGGGCCUGGGCGCGACCGCCCGAGCUCAGGUGGCACAGUACCGGUCGAAGGUGGGCGAUUUCUGUGUGGUGAGGUACAACGUCGGAGGCCCACAUCUGUACCACGAGCGGCUAGUCACCUACCUGCCGCUUGGAGCUGGGUUGACCGUGUCUGUCACCACCCCUGAUGGUGACGAAUAUGAAGAGGUGUGGAGCAUGCCAGACAUCGUCGAGUGGGAGCCGCUGCCGCAUCGGCAACAGGGAGGCGUCCUGCUGGGUCGGCCCGGUGCUCGAUACUACCGCUUCCGGGUUGGCGCGAUGCCGACCGCCGCGAGCCUCACGGCGUCGACCACGGCCGCGGCCGCCCGCCUUGGCCAGCCCGCGCCUGUGGGGCCCGUUGCGCCGGCCCUCGGUGGGCGCAUCGCCGAGCUGCCAGCGGGAGGUGCCGUGCCAGGCGCGCCCGUGGCCGGAGGCGCUGUCGCCCCGCCCGAUGCUGUGCCCGGCCAGCCGGCGGCAGCCGCCGGCGCCGCUCUCGGAGGCGUGGCCCCAGCGGCCGGGCUCGGCGGCCUCGUGGCAGCACUCGGCGGACCAGCAGCGGGAGCGCCUGCAGGAGUUCUUGUCCCAGCCCCACUUCCGCCUGCUGCUCCAGCCGCAGUCGGUGCCGCGGCGGCCGCGGCCCCAGGGGCCGGCGCGGCGCCUGCCGGUGCUGCCGUCGGCGCGCCUUUGCUUGCCGCGGCAGGCGCGGCCGCAGCCGCUGCACCCCUUCCCGCGGCCUUUGGAGGCGUCCCCGCCGCUGCGGUGCCCGCAGGCGGCCACGUCCAGGACGCGCGGACGCUCCCGGUGGUCUACGACAUGGUGGGCAACCGGCGGCGGGAGUUCCGCGACGCGGUGCUGGCGUGCCGGGAGGACCAGUGGGAGGGGUGGCCCGUGCGCGGCCCCCGCACCACGCACUGGGUCCUCCGGUACAUCGUCGACCACGGCGGGACCCCAACUGGGGUGCGCUCUCGGUGGCGCAGCGAAGCUCGUCUCCAAGAGCACGAGCCUGGAGUGCAGGAGCAUGAACGCGCUUGCCGGGCGCUGGAGGAGCUGCUCUGCUUCGACCAGUGCAACGGGGCCAACCUGGCGGCCGCGGAGCUGCUGACGCGCACCAUCCAGGUGCAGCAGGAGCGCUACCAGGACAGGAGCGCCGGCGGCCAGCGCGACUCCCUGACAGAGACGCCUGUGGACCGUGAUGCCUCUACCGGUCCGAUCAACAGAGAGGAUCUGUCUCUGGUCACUCGGCGGCGUGGUGCGGCUACCAAGCACAUCCUUGAUUGGGGCGACGAGUGUAUCAACGCCCUGAACGACUUGUGCGGCCACCAGGACCGGCCUGCAGUACCCGCCAAUGCCGGACAGCGACGCGCAGUGGACCACGUCGAGUCUCGAGUACGUGCGCUGGGCAAGCCCCCACCUGAGGCAGGUUUUCGCGAGGGAGCCCUACGUGAGCUCCUCGCCGGGGCGGGGAUCUACCAGACGGGUGAUCUCUCCUCACGACGGCCGUAUGUCAAGGAGUCCAUAUCCUGGCCCUCGCCCGACCUGCAGCCAGUUCCACUGGCCGCCUGCCUUGGUGAGGCCGAAUCUGAGUGGCUGGGCCGCUGGCAGAGCACCCUGCUCAGGCCAGAUAGACCUACAGCUGCUGAACGUGCUGAGUUUUGCCCUCGCGGACCUUUUUUCGACCCCAGUCUCUUCAGUAAGCCUCUGCUCUACGCCGAUUUUGUUGCCAAGCUGCUGGCUCGCGGCAUGGCGGAGUUGAAGAGGGGCUGUGACGCGGCCACCGUCGGCUGCUUCUUCGUCGCGAAGAAGAACAAUAAGCUGAGAGUGAUAUUUGACACGAGGUAUGCCAACUUAUUUUUCGGUCGACCGGCUCGGACUGCUUUGCCGACUGCGGCGGCUCUCGCUGCUUUCGAGAACCCUGGGCACGACACCUACCUGGCCUCGGGUGAUAUCGACAGCGCCUUCUACAGGCUACGACUACCUGACGGGCUGUCCUCGCACUUCAGAUUGCCCGCCCUGGAUGCCAGCCUGCUCGGGAUCACGCACCUGGACGGGGUCCCGAUCGCGCGAGGGGCGCGAGUGCAGCCCUGCGUGUGCGUCCUGCCGAUGGGCUGGAACCAUGCGCUGGCCCUCUGUCAGGGCGUGCUCCGACGCGCCAUGGGCGCCGCGGGGUUCACCGUGGACCAGUGCGUCGAGGACGGGGAGGCGGGGGUCGUGGUCGACCGGGAGGGCGCCUUGGCGGUUGCCGGCUACGUCGACAACUACGCCGCCCUGGGACGCUCCCCGGCCCUCGUCGACGAGGCCGCCCUUGCCAUCGCGCGCGUGUUGACGGAGAAGGGGCUUCUCACUCACGAUGAGGAGCCUGCCGCGCGGGACGCCACCUUCGUAGGGCUAGAGCUGAAGAGAGGGCGUCAUUUUUCGAUCAAGGCCAGGAGCAUUUGGAGACUUCGUUUCGGUUUGGACGCUUUGCUCAGGAGAGGUUUCUGUUCUGGAGACGCCCUCAGGGUCAUCAUGGGGCAUUUCACCUGGGCGGGUUUGCUACGACGAGAAGUCCUCUCUUUGCUCAACGCCAGUUACCAGUUUGCCGAGCGGAUCGGGUCUCGGCAGGCGGCUGUGGGCUCCACUGGUGGCCCCGACAAGGCCCUUGAGAACCUGCUGGUCGACAACCCCGUGGCCUUCGACGAGGCCGCCGUCGAGCGGGCACAGAACGCCCAGCUCGUGGUGGCCUCGACGGUGCAGACCUUCGGCCUCUCGGUCCUCGAGUCCGCGGCGAUCCGCCCGAACGCGCAGAGGCAGUGCCGCGACCGCUUGGCGACGCUGGUCCUCUUCUGCCGGAUGGACCGCCUGGACUGGGACAGCUGGGGGUGUGCCGUCACCGCGCUGCUGAAUCACCAGUUCCUGGACGGCAAGUGCUCGGACCUGGGGGCGCAGCUGAUCGCGGAGGUGCACAGCGACGUCUUCCGCUUCGGGGACUUCGUGAUGACCCAGUUCACAGCGCUCGUGGAGCACGGGCUGGCUGGCCCGCUUUUCGACCAGGCGGCCGGCAACGUGACCCACCUGGUCCACGGCGGGGACGUCGGCACCUACCUGGGCAAGAGGCUCGUAGCGAGCCUGGGCCGGGCCGUGCGACUCAAGUCGCUGCUGUUUCUGGAGCUCUUCGGGGGCUGUGGCCGCGUCGCGGCCAGCGCGCAGGCCAUGGUCUACGCCGCGCUUAGCCUGGACAUCAAUGCCUCACCCUUGGAGAAUCAUCUGACGCCAGCCUUCCUCAACAGGAUCCUGGGCUGGAUCUCCAGCGGGGUCACCGCAGGCGUGUGGCUCGGCACGCCGUGCAGUGCCUGGACCCGCGCCCUCCGCGCCCCGCUGCGGACUGAGCAGUGCCCAGAUGGCCGGCCCGACCUCUCGCCUGAACAGUGCAGCAAGCUUGACAUUGGAAACAG